AGCCAUAAAAACAAGGAUGAGUCCCUUGUCGACAAGUAUGGAUGCAGUUGAAGGAUCACGGUUUCAAUUACCAUGGCACAGAAGUCAUGUAUAGUGGUGUCUUGGGCACAGAACUUACGUGUGAAAUUUACAUCGGCUGUGUGUACUAUCAAUGACUUCGUCAUAUGGUUGGAGACAAGUAUCAGGUGAGAUCCACUGGUGCUGUGAAUCCUGUGACACGACAGCCUGUUAAAGGGCGAAAGUUUGGAAGUGGUAUUCGUUUCGGAGAGAUGGAGCGAGAUUCGUUACUUGCUCAUGGUGCAGCGUACUUGUUGCAUGAUAGGCUACAUACUUGCUCAGACUAUCCAACUGCGGACAUUUGUGUUCGAUUUGGAAGUCUGUUGCCUACCCCACCUGUAAUUCAGCAGAAGAGCAGUGCAGCUUUUGCUAUGGAAUUAGGGUCAAGUAAAGAGAGCAAAGUCAUCUGUAGAGUGUGCAAUUCAAGUCGGGAUAUUGAGCUUGUGGCCAUGCCUUACGUUUUCAGAUAUACUGCCUCAGAGUUGGCAGCCAUGAACAUCAAAUUAAUACUUACAAUUAGCAAUGGCUGAUAUAUAAAAGUAAAUCUAUUUUCAGCUU